AUGGGACCCAGUGAUGGCAUAAAUAUGAUCACGAACAUUAUCGCGGAGACCGGCAUUCCUGUGAGAUCCUUUCAUGUGUACGCCUACCCGAGCAGCAGCAGAUUUGCCUUCAACGAUGUCGAUCCACGGUGUCUUCGGUUUGACACCCUCCAAAACCAGACCUUCAUCAACAGCUGGGCCCAUGUUGAAAAGCUAAGGUUCCAGCACAAUUUCAUCCCCGGCAAUAUCGGAGAAUGGGUGGCCCGUGUGAUCAUCCUUGCCCCAAAACUGAAGACGCUAGAGAUUAGCUUUGACUACACCCCCGAGGCACAGAUCAUAACAACCCGUCUGGCAUCCGGGCCGGUCAUACUCUCCGAACUGCGAGAGCUCGCCCUUACUGAAGCCUGCGAAAUGGACUGUGAUGAGCUUCUGACCCUUCUCCGCUUUACAUGCCGCACUCUGCAACGCCUGAAGCUGGAGCGUCUUCAACUGAAAAAAGGCGGCACCUGGAUUCCCUUGCUCGCCCAACUGCAUCAGUUCCCGUUGCUAGAGGAUCUUCACUUAUUUUGGUUGAGUACUGGUCAGAGAAGGGUUCUGCAUUUUGUGUCGCUCACGAAAUACAUCCCCAAUUCUCUACGCGGAAAGUUCGAGCAGGUAUGCAAGCAGUUCUGGGGUAUGUCGAAAGCCGUCUAUGUCACAUAUCGUGGCGAUAACAUGCCGGUGUUCCUGAAUGCGCUAUUGCUAUCUGCGCAAAAUGAUUGA